AUGGAUUGCACCGUAUCUCAGCCGCAGGCGACUCCGAUUCUAUCGACACUCCAUCAGCCCUGUUCACCCGAGCAGCACCCCUGCCAUCCGAACGAUGUCAGGACGUCUCCCGGCACUGUAGACUGCUACUCCUCUGAAAACGACCACCCGCUUGCUCUUUGCCUGCCCAACUCCCAGACUUUAGUCCAGGCCUCCAGAACACCCCCACCUCCAUGGAGCGUGCCCACCAAAAAGGGUACCCCGGGGCUCAUAUGCGUCGUAUGCGGGGACACCAGCUCGGGAAAACACUACGGAAUUCUGGCCUGUAAUGGGUGCUCCGGGUUCUUUAAGAGGUCGGUCAGGAGGAAGCUCAUCUACAGAUGCCAGGCGGGGACGGGCAGGUGCAUCGUCGACAAGGCCCACCGGAACCAGUGCCAGGCGUGUCGACUCAAGAAGUGUCUGGCGAUGGGGAUGAACAAAGAUGUGAUUUUAAUUUCCGUGCAAAACGAGAGGCAACCAAGGAACACAGCUACUAUUAGACCCGAAACGUUGAGAGACAUGAGCGCCGAACAGGAGCGGGCUUUAAGGGAAGCAGCAGUGGCGGUUGGUGUUUUUGGACCACCGGUGUCGCUAACAAUGGCUCUGACACCUUCCAGAUAUACCAACAGCUUUCUGCCACCAGUUUCUCACCCUUCCUUGCCCAAUCGGGAACCAUCUCCCACUAAGGACAACAGCGAUAAUGAUGAAGAGAGCAUAGACGUCACCAACGAAGAAGACGACACGCCCACAUCUGGAUGCGGGGUGUCUUCGAGUAGCGGCCCCCUAAGACCAGAACCUCAACCCGCCUCCAUAACAGCGGGUCUGUAUCCUUCCUCGCACGAAACCAUAUACGAAACGUCGGCCAGAUUGCUCUUCAUGGCUGUCAAGUGGGCCAAGAAUCUCCCCAGUUUCGCCAGUUUGCCCUUUAGGGACCAGGUUAUUUUGUUGGAAGAAGCCUGGAGCGAACUUUUCCUCUUAAACGCCAUCCAGUGGUGCAUGCCGUUAGACGUCUCAGCUAGUCCCCUGUUCAAUAUAAACGAGCACGCCAAGAACGGUCAUUCCGCCGCAGAUAUCCGGAUGUUGGCCGACACCCUGAUUCGUUUCAAGUCGGUUCACGUCGAUCCUGCAGAAUUCGCUUGUCUCAAAGCGAUUGUUCUAUUCAGAGCAGAAACGAGAGGAUUGAAGGAUCCCAGCCAGAUCGAGAACCUUCAGGAUCAGGCCCAAGUGAUGUUGUGGCAGCACUGUCGCACGCAGCUUCCCGGUCAAGUAGCCAGAUUCGGGCGGUUGCUCCUCAUGUUGCCUCUUUUGAGAAUGGUACCUGCAAUCAGGAUCGAGGCUGUGUUUUUUCAGAAAACCAUAGGAAACACGCCUAUGGAGAAAGUCCUGUGUGACAUGUACAAAAACUGA